GGUCCCCGCGCGGCGCGCGCUCCCGCGGGCCGGGGGCGGGGCGGUGGCCCGGGACGCCCUCUCCUCCCCCUGCGGGCGGCCGGGCUGGCGGCGCUGAGGCUCCUACGCGCGGCACAUGGGGCGCCUGACGGAGGCGGCGGCGGCAGCGGGCGGCGGCGCUUCAGCGGCGCGCUCGGCCGCCCCUCCCGCUCCCCUGCCCCUCUCGUCCACGUCCCCCGGCUGCGCGGCCACCAUGGCGUCCAGCGAGGAGGACGGCACCAACGGCGGCGCCUCGGAGGCCAGCGAGGAGAGGGAGGCCGCGGGCAAGAGGAGGCGCCGGGGCUUGCUGGCCACCGCUUGGCUCACCUUCUACAACAUCGCCAUGACCGCGGGGUGGCUGGUACUAGCUAUUGCCAUGGUACGUUUUUAUAUGGAAAAAGGAACACACAAAGGUUUAUAUAGAAGUAUUCAGAAGACACUUAAAUUUUUCCAGACAUUUGCCUUGCUUGAGAUAGUCCACUGUUUAAUUGGAAUUGUGCCUACUUCUGUGCUUGUGGCUGGGGUCCAAGUGAGUUCAAGAAUCUUUAUGGUGUGGCUCGUUACUCACAGUAUAAAACCAAUCCAGAAUGAGGAGAGUGUGGUGCUUUUUCUGGUCGCGUGGACGGUGACAGAGAUCACUCGCUAUUCCUUCUACACAUUCAGUCUUCUUGACCACUUGCCAUACUUCGUUAAAUGGGCCAGAUAUAAUUUUUUUAUCAUCUUAUAUCCUGUUGGAGUUGCUGGUGAACUUCUUACAAUAUAUGCUGCCUUACCAUAUGUGAAGAAAACAGGAAUGUUCUCAAUAAGACUUCCCAAUAAAUACAAUGUCUCUUUUGACUACUAUUAUUUUCUUCUUAUAACCAUGGCCUCGUAUAUACCAUUGUUCCCACAACUCUACUUUCAUAUGUUACGUCAGAGAAGAAAGGUGCUUCACGGAGAGGUGAUUGUUGAAAAGGAUGAUUAAAUGAUCCCUACAACAAGGUGCCUUUUCCAGAAUAACCAGGAUUACUUGAGUCCAAGUUUUAAUAAUAAGAAUAAACAGCUUCAUGAAAGAU